AUGGUGAUAGGACAGGGACAACCCCUCCAACGCGAUAUGUUACCUGGCGUGCAAAGGACAUCUGAUGGCAAUCGCUGUACCCAGCGAAUGACCGAAUAUAACAAGGCUGUCAGGUUGAUUUCCAACAAUUUUGGUCGCCCACUUGGUCAUCGCUAUGGCACCAAGAAGAAGCCUUCUUCUGAUGGAACACCAUUGUUCAGUCCGUAUCCACGGUAA